CUCGCCCCCGGCUGUCUGUCAGUGUCUCCUGCGCCUCAACACAGACAAAAGAAGCUCUCCGUAAGGCAAUCAGUAGUUUGCUGAACCUGGAGAGAAGAGAUCCAAGAUGCCACGCUCAAAGUGUGAUGUGAUGUCCAAAGAGCCAAGCACCAACCUGGAGAGCGCCAUGCAGAUGCUCAUCAAGACCUUUCAUAAGUACUCGGGGAAGGAAGGAGACAAAUAUACGCUGAGCCGAGGAGAACUGAGGGAACUUCUGACAGAGGAGCUGGGGAAUUAUCUUGGGAACGCUCAAGAUAAAGACGCGGUGGAGCGAGUGAUGAAUGAUCUGGACUCCAAUAACGACGGCGAGGUGGAUUUCACCGAGUUCAUCAUCCUCAUGGGUGCUCUGACCGUGGCCUGCAACGACUUCUUCCUGGACAGCCCAGCGCCCAAAAAGGCUGACGGGAAAGCCGGCGGUGCAGACGAGAAAAAAGAGUAACAGAAACCACCGAGAGAAGUGUUAGCGGGUUGCAUGACAGAGAGAACGAGAGUGAGUUUCAUCCAUUUCUUAAAAAAUCAGGACAGACAAACCUAGUUCCUGGAGGAGGUUUCUCUGCUUUUAUAACUCAAACCGAGCUGUUAAUACACUUUUAAAGCAAACCCCGGAGGUUUACGACUUUAGGGUUUGACAUGAAACACACAUCAGUGCAGUGCCAGGAGCUGGGUUGUCUAACGCUGAACUAUUCAAUUUGUUUUUCUAGUUAAUGAGUAUAAGGUGUUUUCAAACAAUCUUUCAGGAUUUCAUAUCAGAAUACAUGACGGUAGAUUGUAUACAGAAUUAUUUGAAGACGAACAGCAGCCUAGUGUAGCCUACUAUGAACGCAAUCAGUGGAUACUUAACGUACGUCAAAGAGAGAAUGAGAUUGGAAACGGUGUGUUACGAUGGAUUGUUAUGAAUUUGUAAUAAUUGUACAACUGUGAAGUGAUAAACAGAGGUUGAGGUGUUUAUAUUGACAUCUUUCAUUACGAUGUGAUUAUAAACAUCGAGCAAUGUUACAAUUACUCCUGAACAGUGUUCCUGAUCUGUAAUAAUUCAGUGUUGACGAUGUGAACUUGGUUUGUCUCUGUCUUUGCAUCUAUUUUUUAGCCUAUUUUUGUUUAAUAACCAGUAUGUAUCUUCUGAAUUAUAAUAAACGUGCAACUGACCUCCAUA